UAAUUCGAUUCAGUGUCCCAUCACUAUUUUGCGCGACGUGCGUGUUGUGUUGUCACUUUUCUUUCAAAAAACAAAUUUCAUUUUUACAUACGUGUCAAGUCUGCUUGUACGUGAUCGGCUUCUCAGCCUUUAAUUUUAGGAAACAACUGACAAGUAAUCCAAGAAAAUAUCAAAAUGGCACCGAAACAGAGGAUGCGUAUUGCCAACGAGAUCGCCAGCAAAAACAUAACCCAGCGAGGGAAUGUCCCAAAGACCACCAAGGAAAAGGAAGACCAGUACCCAGUGGCGCCGUGGUUACUAGCACUCUUCAUUUUCGUCGUGUGCGGCUCUGCGGUGUUCCAAAUUAUACAGUCGAUAAGACUAGCCUAAACCAGGCCUUACAAUCCUCUGUGAUGACCCUCCCUGACUGACCGUAGACAUAGACAAAAUACUACUGCCGACAAAAAUCUCAAGAAAACGAAGCGAAGCGUCUCCUAGAUGGCGUUAGUGUCGUGGAAGUUUACGCUGUUCUCACUAGAUGGCGUUGACGGCUACAUUUUAUGGUGAUUAAAUUUAUGAGCAGUAAUAUUUUCUCUAUGCCAUAGACAAGUAAUACCGUUGUAAUAACAAUUUUCUUUAAUGCUUUCCAUCCUAAUGGUGAGAAGUUUCAAACAAAUGAUUUAUUUUUAAUGUUAUCCUAUUUAUUUCUUGUCUGUCAGUUUUAAAACCUCUCUAUAGAAAAUGUGCAAAUAGCUGAAAUUUCAAGAGCAGUCAUUUAGUGAAAUGUUUCCGUGAAUGACCUGUUUUUCAGUCCCCUUUUUAAAAAUAAUCUCAAUCCUUCGCAUAUUUAUAUUCUUGUAUAUUGUAAAUUAAAUGGAAAUUUAUAUAAUAAGGAGAUCGCAUGCGUAAGCAUUUAGUAUAUUUAUUUAUUAUUGUAAAAAUUCAUUCCUCCAUGUGUUACUGUAAAUGUAUGAUUUAAAAGACGCACAACUACCUGUGUUUUUGUUCAUUAAUGUUCAUUUUGUAUGAAUUUUAACGUAAAUGAAAUUAUCUUUUCCGCGCCAUUAUUUUUCAGCUAGGAAAUUAUUUGUCGGUGACGAAUGUUUUAAUUGUAAAUGUACUUGUUUUAUUUAAAUACAGUAUAUUUAUCAUUUAA